AUGGUUAUGGAUGUGGAUAACAUAGAUUCCCUGGUGGUAGUCGUGGUGGAAGAGCCGCUGGAAAGUGGUGGCACGGCUCCCCAGUGCCAUUCCAGGGGUACACAUUCAAAAGGUGUACCGCCCCAACCCCACCAUUUCCGCCCAACCCCACACAUUCAAAAGGUGUACGCCCAACCCCCACACAUUCAAAAGGUGUACCCGCCCAACCCCCACACAUUCAAAAAUCUACCGCCCAACCCCCACAUUCAAAAGGUGUACCGCCUAACCCCACACAUUUCAGUGUACCGCCCAACCCCCACACAUUCAAAAGAUCUACCGCCAACACAACAUUCAAAAGGUGUACCGCCCAACCCCCCACAAUUCAAAGAUGUACCGCCCAACCCCACACAUUUCAAAAGAUCUACCGCCCAACCCCACACAUUCAAAAGAUCUACCGCCCAACCCCCCACACAUUCAAAAGGUUACCGCCCAACCCCCACACAUUCAAAAGAUGUACCGCCCAACCCCCCACAUUCAAAAGGUGUAAACGCCAACCCCCACACAUUCAAAAGGUGUCAUUUCAAAGGUGUACCGCCCAACCCCCACAACAUUCCACAUAUCCACAACAUCCAAAAGAUCUACCGCCCAACCCCCAACACAUCAAAAGGUUACCGCCCAACCCCACACAUUCAAAAGGUGUACCGCCCAACCCCCACACAUUCAAAAGUGUACCCGCCAACCCCCCCACAUUCCAAAGGUGUACCGCCCAACCCCACACAUUCAAAAGUGUACCGCCCCAACCCCCACACAUUCAAAUACGCCCAACCCCCACACAUCCAAAAGAUUACCGCCCAACCCCCACACAUUCUAAAGGUGUACCGCCCAACCCACACACAUUCAAAAGAUCUACCGCCCACCCCCACACAUUCAAAGGUGUACCGCCCAACCCCCACACAUUCAAAAGGUGUACCGCCAACCCCCACACAUUCAAAAGGUGUACCGCCCAACCCCCACACAUUCAAAAGGUGUACCGCCCACCGCCCAACAUUCAAAAAUGCACCGACGAAUCCCAACACAUUCAAAAGAUGUACCGCCAACCCCCACACAUUCCAUAGAUGUACGCCCAACACACAACUUCAAAAGAUGUACCGCCCCCACACAUUCAAAAAGAUCUACCGCCCACCCCCACACAUUCAAAAGAUCUACCGCCCAACCCCCACACAUCCAAAAGGUGUACCGCCCAACCCCCACACAUUCAAAGGUGUACCGCCCAACCCCCACACAUCCAAAAGGUGUACCGCCCAACCCCCACACAUUCAAAAGGUUCCGCCCAACCACACAUUCAAAAGGAGUACCGCCCAACCCCCACACAUUCAAAAGGAGUACCGCAUUUCAGAAGGUGUACCGCCCAACCACACAUUCAAAAGAUGUACCGCCCAACCCCCACACAUUCAAAAGAUGUACCGCCCAACCACACAUUCGCCCAACCACACAUUCAAAGGUGUACCGCCCAACCUCCACACAUCAAAAGAUUGCACCGCCCAACCACAACAUUCAAAAAAUCUACCGCCCAACCCCCACACAUUCUACCGCCCAACCACACAUUCAAAAGAUGUACCGCCCAACCACACAUUCGCCCAACCACACAUUCAAAAGAUGUACCGCCCAACCGCCCAACAUUCAAAAGGUGCACCGCCCAAGCCUCCGUUUUCUGUGAGUCACCGGCCUCUCGUACACAUUUUGCAUACUUCGGUGCCAGUCUGA